AUGGAUUUUCAUGCGGCUUCGAAUGGUUCGACGGUUAAUUUGUUGAAGAGGCGGAGGGAUGUGGCGGGUUUGGGGGGUGUGAUUGAGAGGGAAAGGGAGAGGGAGAGGGAAGAGGAGGUACAGAUGAAGAUUCAUAGUCCUAGACAUACCCAUAUCCAUCCUCAUGCACAUCCACAUCCACAUAACCUAUACCCACACACCAUGCACCACGAACCCGAACGUCGCCACCUAACCCCCCGAUCAAAAAUAAGUCUGAACAAAAGAGUUCGAGUGGAAUAUCUCCCCAUCGAAACAGAACCGCGAAUCGAACAAAUGAAGGAGAAAGAAAAAAAUACAGGAGCAAUGGAUUUAAGAGCUUGUCAUAUAUGUCGACGUAAACCAACUGUUAAGAAGGAAUUGGAUGCGUUUGCGAAUUGUGAGGGUUGUGCGAAGAGGACUUGUUGGGUUUGUAUUAGGGAAUGUCUUGGGGAAUGCGGGGUUAAGUUGCGGAUGGGUGGAGAGGUAGGAAAGCAGGAGGAUGGUGGGGAGGGAUGGGGUGAGAAUGGUAUGCAACAUAGGGGGAUGGUGUGUAGUCGAUGUUGUGUGGAGAGAGGGACGGAGGGCGAGGUGCUUUGUUUGGGAUGUUUAAGAGUGGAGGAGAGUUGA